AUGGUGUUGCCACCCCCAGACAAACGCCACGUGUGCCUGACCACCAUCGUCAUCAUGACCAGCAUGGCCUUCAUGGACGCCUACCUGGUGGAGCAGAACCAGGGUCCCAGAAAGAUUGGUGUGUGUAUUAUAGUGUUGGUAGGGGAUGUAUGCUUCCUCAUAGUGCUGCGAUAUGUGGCAGUGUGGGUCGGUGCCGAGGUGCGCACCGCCCGGCGAGGAUACGCCAUGAUCCUCUGGUUUCUAUACAUCUUUGUCCUGGAGAUCAAGCUCUACUUCGUCUUCCAGAAUUGCAAGGCAGACAGGAAGAGUCUGGAGACGGUGGCCCGGAAGGCUUUGACGUUGUUAUUAUCUGUAUGUGUACCAGGCUUAUACUUGGUUCUAGUGGCUCUGGAUAGUAUGGAAUAUGUGAGAACUUUCCGGAAGAAGGAGGACAUGAGGAGUCGUCUAUUCUGGGUGGCUCUGGACCUGCUGGACCUGCUGGAUAUCCAAGCCAACCUGUGGGAGCCCCAGCACACAGGCCUGCCCAUCUGGGCCGAGGGCCUGAUGUUCUUCUACUGCUACAUCCUGCUGCUCAUCCUGCCCUGCGUGUCGCUCAGUGAAAUCAGCACAGGGGAGCACAUGUCGCCCCAGAAGAUGAUGCUGUACCCAGUUCUGAGCUUGGUCACCAUAAACGUGGUAACCAUCCUCAUACGAGGUGUCAACAUGGUGCUGUUUCAGGACAGCCGUGUUUCUACCAUCUUUGUUGGAAAGAACGUGGUUGCGAUCGCCACCAAGGCGUCCACCUUCCUGGAGUACCGCAGACAGGUGAAGGAGUUCCCCCACCCGCAGAACGCCAUGGCACUAGAGCUGCAGCAGAACAGCCACACGCAGCCACUGCCCAACGCCACUAGUUUACCACAUGAACCUUCGCCGGUACAGGAUGUCAUUGACACAUGA